UUCCCGGUUACCUGGGAAAGCGAGAGUUUGUUUCGAAGUGAACCGCCUUGAUAUGAAAGUGAAAUGUUUUACUAAUAGCGGACAAAAGUUUUUCUCCAGUUGGUUUGCUAAGCAUAAAGGUAACGAUGCCGACCGCACACGUUCUCGAGCCAGUGCUGAAAAUGAAAGUGGAUGAACUUUUUCUGAACUGGCUGAGUGAGGCCACCACUCAGGGGAUGCUGAAGGAAUAUCUCCAAAAGAUCAAAAAUGAAGAAUGGGUCGACACGGGUGCCAAAACCGUGACAGAAAGCAGCGGUUCAGUUCCUUCCGGCAACAACAAUGCCACCAGCAAGAAGAGCCUGACAGACAGAUCAUCAGCACCUUUGAAUGCCCCAUCCAGCCCACCUUCGACCACACUUCCUACUGGGAACACUGGGAACAGUCGCACAGGGCUCAAUGGCAGGCUGUCUCGCCGUUCUGUCAGCACCAAGAAGCAGACUCAGGUGAAGAAAGCGGAGCCCGUUACGCCGGUACUGAGCGAAAGCAUUCCAAGGUUCUACUUCCCCCGGGGCCGGCCCAUCGCCAACCUCAACAUCGACGCGCUCAUUUCCAGGAUAGAGAAAAUAUUUUCACAAUUCCCCAAUGAAAGAGCGAGUAUUGAAGACAUGGGGAUGGUUGCCAAAGCCUGCGAGUGCCCCCUCUACUGGAAGUUGCCUUUGUUUCUCUCAGCCGGGGGGGACAGAACAGGCUUUGUGUCCGUCCACAAGUUUGUGGCCAUGUGGCGAAAAAUCCUGCAGACCUGUCAUGAUGAUGCAUCCAAAUUUGUCCACCUUUUGGCCAAGCCUGGCUGUAAUUAUCUGGAACAAGAGGACUUUAUUCCCUUCCUACAGGAUGUGGUGAACUCGCACACGGGUCUCGCAUUUCUGAAGGAGGCGUCUGAAUUUCACACCCGUUAUAUUACCACAGUGGUUCAGCGCAUAUUCUAUAAUGUCAACAGAUCUUGGACUGGAAGAAUCACAUGUUCAGAACUGAGAAAAAGCAGUUUUCUACAGAUUGUGGCCCUGCUGGAAGAUGAACAGGACAUCAACCAGCUGACAGAGUACUUCUCCUACGAGCAUUUUUAUGUCAUCUACUGCAAGUUCUGGGAGAUAGACGCUGACCACGACCUCCACAUAGACCCGAGAGAUCUGGCCCAACACAACGAUCAAGCAAUCUCCCAAAAAAUGAUCAAAAGGAUUUUCUCAGGGACGGUCACCAGGGACAAGAAAGAAAGAAAGGAGGGGCGAAUGAGCUAUGCAGACUUUGUGUGGUUCCUCAUUUCAGAAGAGGACAAGACAACCCCCACUAGCAUAGAGUACUGGUUCCGCUGCAUGGAUCUGGAUGGCGACGGGGUCCUGUCGAUGUACGAGCUGGAAUAUUUCUAUGAGGAGCAGAGGCAGAGGCUGGAUGCCAGGGCCAUCGAGCCGCUGCCCUUUGAAGACUGUCUGUGCCAGAUGCUCGACCUGGUCAAGCCAGAAUCUGAAGGCAAGAUCACGCUCCAUGACCUGAAGAGGUGCAAGAUGUCCAGCAUAUUCUUCAACACUUUCUUCAACGUCGAGAAGUACUUGGAACAUGAGCAGAGAGAUCCUCUGUCAGUCGCCAGGGAUAGCGAAACGGAGGGCCAGGACGUCUCUGAUUGGGAGAGGUAUGCCGCAGAGGAGUAUGACAUUCUGGUGGCAGAGGAGACAGCCAGUGAGCAGUAUAAUGAAGGGUAUGAAAAUGACUUUGACCCAGCAGAGCAUCACAUUGCCAGUGAACUGGGGCUGUGGACAGAAAAGAGGCACCUGUUUGGGAUCCCCAGUCCCCACUGUGACAUUGACUUUGAGUACGAAGAUGAUUUUGAGUGAGCUUUGCGGCGAGGGGCCUGUGGGGGCCAGACAGCGUGGGGGGUGAGGGGUUACCGCAGAUCCGCUGUCUCUCUGCAAAUGACAGCUCUGUGAUGCUGCAGGAUACCUACGCAACCAUGACAACAGGAAAUGCUAGGCCUGGAUGUAACAGCAGCAGCAGAGGUAGUGCUGGUAUGGUCCCCUCUAAUUCCAUGGCCACAGUAAAGACCUCCAGACCCAGCCGCUGAUGUGGUGCUGUGCUGUAGUCACAUGGGUGUACAGAAUGUGUGCUUUUGCAUGGUUCCACACUGGAGGCGUAUUGAGUAGAAUAGGGCUUGAGUCACCUCAUUGAAUUCAACUGUGCUUAACCAAUUAUGAGCUAGUAUGACAUUCCAGAGGUAGGAACCAAGAUGUGUCUGGCACUGUGCAUUAAGGGAAUUCUAGGUAAGCGUGCUUUGCAAUAAUGCACUUUGGAUUUGUUUGUGGGGAGGGGUAAGUUAUUGGAUAUGUACAGUUAAUUAUAGAAGUGCAGUGUUAGUCUGCAAAUUGUUUAUUUUGCAGAUGUGUGCUUCACAAUAAAAACACAUCACAAACUCAA